GUAAGCGGUACAAAACUUUCCUAACUUACUUCCUACUUCGGUGUUUCAAACUUCCUUAUUAAGUUUUGUCACUUUGUGCAAAGUGGUUUGUAUAAAGAUGGACGAAAGUACACUCGUUAAAUCAGGAGAAUUGUGUUAUCAGGAAAAACGAUUUAUGAAAUCAUCAUGGGUAAAAAAGUUUUGUGUCCUUCACAAAAAGACAGCAGAUAGCCAUGCAUAUAUGGAACUGUAUGAUGACCAAGAGGCAUUUAAACAGCAUAAAAAGAAGAACAAAAAAUGUGAGAAAAGGAUUGAACUUCAGCAUGUGCGGAGUAUUAAAAGUUCAAGUGAAAGUACGGGAAAAGGGAUGGAACAUCAUAUUGAAAUAAAAUUAAAACUUACACAGAAACAUAACCUAAUGUUUAGUAAGGAGAGUGAUUUUACAGACUGGUUUGCAAAGUUAAAUUCCUCAGUUGACAUUGCAGAGCAUGGACCUGGAGAAAACUCAGCCUCAUACAGUGGAGAUAUUUAUGAUUCCGAUGACGAUGAUGAUGAUGAUGAAGUCAUCACGCUUAAUCAGAUGUAUGCUUCCACAGAUCAAGCACAAAGAUUUGAAGUGGAAGUAGAAUCAUCAGAUCUGGCAAAGCUUUGUGGUAUUGAAGGUAAAAUGAUGCUUCUAGUAGGAAAUAACGACCUAGCAUUUGAAGACCCCAAAACAAAGAGAGUUAAGUACAGCUUUCAGUUAGCUUGGAUGAGACGGUUUGGAAAGUAUAAACAGCAGUCUUUUAACUUUGAGGUGGGCCGGAAAUGCCCCAAUGGGGAAGGGUCAGUGACCUGUAUAACGCCCAGUGCAAAGUUGAUCCACAAAACGGUGACCCAGAAAUCUUCAAGUCGAAGUAAGUUGGUGAUUCCGCAUCCUCAUACAGAAGAAGAGAUGGGUAGCAGAGAGACAAAACCAGCAAGCCCUUCAGUGAGCAGUAUGGAUGAGAAACAAGCAGAACCCUCACCCCCUGUCAAAGAGAGACAAGCUUCAAAUAUUAGCCAGCCUAUAGUAAACAGCUUGGUGCGAAAACACCCUGGAAAAGCAAAUAUUCCAAGUCUGAUCCCAAUAGGUCGACCACCGAUAGAAGAAGAAGAAACCUUCAAAAAGCCAAAAACACCACCACACCCUGCACGGCGUAGUUCAAAAGGUAAACUACGUAACAGUGGUAAAGAAAGUCCAGAAGAUGAAAGGCUUCCAAGUUUAGAGGAAAAUGGUAAUGCACGGUCAACUAGCUACAAAGUUGCUGUCAAUAGUGGAGAUUUUACAAAAGAAUUAGAGCAGAAAUUACAUGUUGGAAAUGAUGAAUCUGGCAGUCGUGAUCAGGAGAAAGGUCAUGACCCUGGAAAGAAAGAUAGUGUUAAAACCAAGGAAGAUAAAAAGCGUGAAAAAGAAGAGAAAAAGGAAAGGGAAAGAAGAGAAAAAGAAGAGAAAAAAGAAAGGGAAAGAAAAGAGAAAGAAAUGGAAAAAGAGAGAAAAUUACGUGAAAAAGAGGAAAAGAAAGGUGCUAAAAAAGAUAAGAAUAGAGACAGUAACAAGAGUCAGGAGAUAUCGAGUAAACCGCGGCAGAUGAAUGAACGUAUUUAUGAUGAGCCGGAGAUAACCAUAACACCAUCCUCAGCUGACGAUCCAAACUCGUUAUAUGAUGAGGCAGUGUCUCCUACUCAAUCAAAUGCUCCAGCAGUGUAUGCACAGUCAGCAAAAAGAAGUGUUCGUGUAAAGAAAACUGAGGACUUGUACGAUGAAGCUGUCUCGGCUGAUACAGGAAAGAUGUUGGAAACAGAGAAAGUGGAAUAUGCUGAGCCAUAUAGUAAAAAGGGUGGAGUUCCUUUAGCUGAAGAACCAGCAAUGUAUGCUGAUGUAAAAACAGUUGGAAAAGAUGCUUGGAAAAAGUUAGGAAGAAAGGAAGAAGAGGAAUUUUUUGAAGAAGACUACAGUAAUAUCAAAAGUGCUCGAGAAAUUGUUCAAAAGCAAAAACCGCCACCUAUACCUGCAAAAAAUUAUGGUGAUGAUGAUGAUAGUGAAAACAUGUACAAUACUUUAGAUUUGAAAAAACCAAAAGCAUCUUCAAAAUCAAAACCAGAGAACUUGUAUGGAAUGGCAAGUGCCAAAGAAGUAGGUAAGUUACCAGAUAUUGUGCAAGUACCAGAAGCAGAUUAUCCAAGUGAUUCAGGCGAGUCUUUACCGGAGGAAGAAGCAACGUACGACGAAGCACAAUAUGAAGGAUAUGAAGCACCUGCAGAUAUUAAGAAAGACAGUACAAAAAGACCGAAAGUAAUCGAAGCCUAUGAAGUAGCUGAGGUACCAGUAAAGCCACAAACACCAAAAAAACAGACUCAGUCCAAGAAAGUAGUGCCACAAGAACUUAUAUAUGAAGAAGUUUCAUAGUUUAUUUAAUUAAAGCACAGUGUGAUGAUUUACAAGUGAAAUAUUUUAGAUACUAAUUAAAAUAUGUCAAAGUGUGAUCUUUUUGUGAUACGGAGGUGGUAAUUGAAGGUGAUGACUUGAUAACUUUGAUAUUGCUAUGAAAGCUUUAAUUUCUAUGAAAGUGAGGAGUACUUACAAGCAACACUAAAACAUGCAAUCAGUGGAUGAUAUUAGGAUUAAAUGGCAAUUAAAAAAAGAACAGAACCAGUGCACUCACUUAGAAAUAUUCUUGGAUGUAAAAGAAAUCUUUUCCUCCGACUUGUUUAUAAUAUAUUUUUCAGGUAUUUCUUUACAUUCUUUACAAGAUCUACAUUAUUUUGCAGCAGUGCAGUUUUAGUAUUUUUUUCAUUUCAUCCCCCCCCCCCCCACACCUUAAAAAUAGAACUGGGGGUAUAUUGUUAACCUAAGUUUAUGUUGGUCAGUCGGUAGAGAUUUGGUUUUCAUACAGAUUAAGAAUUCUUGAGUCUACAGUGGUCAAGCUACUCUAAAAAUGAUUGACGUAUGUUGCUUUUGGGAUCAGUAGGUAAAUGAUCAAGGUCACAGUGACAUGGGGACUGAAAAUGGUUUCUGAUCAAUAAUUGCAGACUGCUUAGACCUUGGACUAUCAAAUUUAUUUGGUGGUUAACUGUGGUCAGUAGCUAACCCUUUUUUGGGGGGAUCAGUAGGUGAUAGGUCAAGGUCAGUAGAUGAUAGGUCAAGGCUACAGCGACAUCAAGACUGUUAACAAUUUAUGGUCCAUAUCUGGAGAACGCUAUAGCCUUUGGCUGACAAACUUAAGAAGAAGGUUGCCUAUGGUCAGGUAGAUGACUCUUUGUUGGGAACACUAGAGCAAAGGUCGAGGCCCCAGUGACCUUGAUAAUGGAAAAAAUAUGCAGUCAGUAACUUGAGAGCCCUUUGGCAUUGGACUUUUGAACUUGACAGGUAUCUGUUAUCAGAAGAUGGGUAAGUAGGUUUAAAGUCAUGGUCAAUUCAACCCAGAAACUCAGUGGUGUUUAACAAAUGGCCUCUGUUGUUGUAGAGCCAUUGACAUAAAUAAGUCAAUAUUAGAGAUACCAUGCCCAGGCUAUAUUUUCAUAUGCUGGUUUCAUAGCAACUAUUUUUAGCUUAAUUUAGAAAAUUACCAAUUCGUGUCAUUUUUACUGUCUGGGAAGUAAGUUCCAUAACUUGCUGUGCAUUUGAACAUGAUUAUAUGAGUCUCACCAUGAGAAAACCAACAUAGUGGCUUUGCGACCAGCAUGGAUCCAGACAAGCCUGCGCAAUCUGGUCAAGAUCCAUGCUGUUUGCUAACAGUUUCUCUAAUUUCAAUAGGCUUUGAAAGCGAACAGCAUGGAUCCUGACGAGACUGCAUGGAUCCGACGGAUGGUUUAUUUCAAAAGGCUAUGUUUGGUCACGGGUAAAGAACAAAUGGUCACUGCAAGAACUAUAACUCUUUUCCUACAUAUUGUCUUACAGCAAGCACUUAAAGACAAGCAUUGGUCCCAGCAGGCAUUACUCAUUUUUGAAUUGGUAGAAGUUUUAUAGAGGAUGGGUACAUCCAUCAGUCUGUCGAACCUCAGAAGACCAUUUUCAAUCAAUAACUAGAAAAUGCUUGGGCCUUAAGUAGUAAAACUUUGUAAGAUUAUGGCUCACAGUCAGUAAAUGACCUAGAUACUUAACAUAGUUUCUUCUCAACAGCUAAAAAUCCUGUUGGCCUACUGCUCUCAGACUUCUUAAGAUAAUUGGUUGUAGUUCGUAGAUCAGCCUCAUUAUUUUUGGUGUCAGUAAGUCAAAGAUUAAGGUCAUAUUGACCUUCAGAUUGAAAAUAGGAGGGUUGUUGUGGCCAGUAGAUGAUCGGUAUUAUUUUCGAGUCUGUAGGUCAAAGGUCAAGGUCACAUUCACUUUGAGAUUGAAAAUGGUUUCCAGUCAGAAAACACUAAGGUCUACAGCAGUCAAAUUUUACUAGAUUCCCUCUAAACAUUUUGUAGGUCAGUAGGUGAAAGGUCAAGGUCAUUGUUGCCUCCAGGUGAAAACAAUUUCUGACUAAUUACUGAAGAAUUCUUUGGCCUGCGAUUCUCAAAUUACAAAGUAUGCUUUGCAAUAUGUCAGUAGAUCAAUGGGAUUGGGAGUUGGGUAUGUACUUUACAGACAACUUGUUUAAAACAGAGAUGUAAAAUACAUAUAUAGUGAUGACCUUUUAGAUGUUAUAGACAGAAAUACAGUUAUUUAGUUCAUGUGAACUUACAGACUGGUUUAGAAGGUCUUCAGGGUAAUCAGUUUUGUUUAUACUUGUAUAUAUAAUUAUGUUGUUAAAAAAGUAGCUGCAAGUUUAAAUCCAUUCUAUGAAGGAAGUACAUUUUGGGAGGUUAUGAUAUUGUUUUAGUAAAUUUAAGGAAAUUGGCAGUUUUGAUAAGUUUUUGAAGCUUUAUCUUUCAAGUUAGCCUUACUUGUUUGGCUUUUCGGGAUGACUUAUUUUAUGAUCUGUUAUUAGCUCACCUGUCAGGUAGUGACAGAGUGAGCUUUUGUGAUCGCCCUUUGUCCGUCAUCCUUCCGUCCAUCCACAAUUUCUUGUCUGCACGAUAGUGGUUUCAUAUAUGAUUUUAUUUUAACCAAACUUGCACGCAACUUGUAUCACCGUAAGAUCUUGGUUCCAUUCUUGAACUGGCCAGAUCCCAUUAUGGGUUACAGAGUUAUGGCCCCUGAAAGGGCCAAAAUUAGCUAUUUUGACCUUGUCUGCACAAUAGCAGCUUCAUUUAUGACUUGAUUUUAACCAAACUUGCACACAACUUAUAUCACCACAAGAUCUUGGUUCCUUUCUUGAACUGGCCAGAUUCCAUUAUGGGUUCCAAAGUUAUGGCCCCAGAUAGGGCCAGAAUUAGCUAUUUUGACCUUGUCUGCACAAUAGCAGCUUUAUUUAUGAUUUUAUUUUAACCAAACUUGCACACAACUUUUAUCACCAUAAGAUCUCGAUUCCUUUUUUUACGCUGUAAUAUUCACCUCAUCGAAACAAUGUGCAAAGCGCAUGUUUCGGAUGGCUCUCUUCAAGGGCAAGGUCACACUUAGGGGUCAAAGUUCAUAUGACAUUGUUUUGUGUGUAUAUUGCUCUGCAUUUGCGUUGCAUUGCAGUGGCUGUGCUCUUGUUUUUAUUUGGCAGAUCCUUCUUUUGUUCACUUACAAUAAUUUUUUUUUUAAUUACUUCCCUUUUAUUUUACUAUAAAUAGCUUAUUUAGUAACUUUUUUAUUAUUGGCCAUAGGGAAAAACAGAGACCACUUUUCUGUGGUACAACAUGGAUGGUACCUCCAAUUUUUAGGUGUAUUUUGACAUAUCUGUACCUUUAAGAAAAUUUCAACUAUAUUUUCUCAUGAUACUUUUGAUUGAUCUUGAUUAUGAUUUUUAGCUCGGCGUGAGCGUUAGCGUGAGCGUCACACAAAUGUUAAAGUUUGCGUACAACCCCAAAUAUUUUCAAAGUCAAUUGAGAUAUUGCUUUCAUAUUUUGCAUACUUGUUUACCAUCAUGACCCCAGUCUGUAAAAAGGAGGAGGCAACUCUAUCAAGCAUUUUGACUGAAUUAUGGCCCCUUUUCAACUUAGAAUAAAUGUUAAAGUUUGCGUACCACCCCAAAUAUUUUCAAAGUCCAUUGAGAUAUUGCUUUCGUAUUUUGCAUACUUGUUUACCAUCAUGACCCCAGUCUGUAAAAAGGAGGAGGCCCCUUUUCGACUUAGAAUAUGCUUAUUGUAAUGUUAAAGUUUGUGUACCACCCCAAAUAUUUUCAAAGUCCAUUGAGAUAUUGCUUUCAUAUUUUGCAUACUUGUUUACCAUCAUGACCCCAGUCUGUAAAAAGGAGGAGGCAACUCUAUCAAUCAUUUUGACUGAAUUAUGGCCCCUUUUUCGACUUAGAAUAUGCUUAUUGUAAUGUUAAAGUUUUACUCAUAGCUUAUAUUAUACUAUCAAGCACUGAGAAUAGUUGAGCGCUGUCAACGGACAGCUCUUGUUAGCUCACCUGAGCCAAAGGCUCAUGGUGAGCUUUUGUGACCGCUCAAUGUCUGUCGUCCAUCGUCAGUCAUGCGUUGUGUGUCGUCCGUUGUGUGUCAACAUUUUCUAAAAAAAUCUUCUUCUUGAAAACCACUGGGCAGAAUUACACCAAACUUCACAGGAAUGAUCCUUGGGUGUCCCCCUUUCAAAAUUAUUCAAAUUGAAUUCCAUGCAGAACUCUGGUUGCCAUGGCAACUGAAAGGAAAAACUUUAAAAGUCUUCUUGUCCAAAAUCACAGGGCCUAGGCUUUGAUAUCUGGUGUGUAGCAUUAUCUAGUGGUCCUCUACCAAGAUUGUUCAAAUUUAUCCCCCUAGGAUCAAAUGUGGCCCCGCCCCGUGGCUCACAUGGUUUAUAAACACUUAUAUAGGGAAAACUUUUAAAAUCUUCUUGUACAAAACCACACGGCCUAGGGCUUUGAUAUUUGGUUUGUAGCAUCAUCUAGUGGUCCUCUACCAAGAUUAUUCAAAUAUGGCCCUGCCCCGGGGGUCCCAAGUUUAACAUAGACUUUUACUGGAAAAAAAAAUGUUAAAAAUCUUCUUGUCUGAAACCACAAGACUUAAGCCUUUGAUAUUUGGUUUGAAGCAUUGUCUUAUGAUUCUCAACCAAAAUUGUUCAAAAUGUACCCCUGGUGUGAAAAGAGGCCCUGCACUGGGGGUCCCAAAUAUUAUAUAGACUUAUAUAGGAAAAAAAACAACUUUAAACAUUUUCUUGUCUAAAACCACACAACCUAGGCUUUUGAUACUUGGUAUGAUGCAUUGCCUAGUAGUCCUCUACCAAGUGUUCAAAUUAUGCCCCUGGGGUUAAAAGAGGUCCCGCCCUGGGGUCAUUUAGUUAUUAUAUGAGUUAUAUAGGAAAAAAUACUUAAAUAGUUACCUGAUCCUAUUUCCAAGACUGUUUAAUUAUAAUUACCUAAUGAUCCGAAGUAAUAUGAUGCCACUUGACUGUGAACAACUUGACCUGCUGACCUACUUUCUUGUUUUUUAAGAUACAGCCUCUAAAUUUGGAUGACGUACACAGUUUUGCACACUGAUCGUAAAACUAAAUUUCAUUGACCAUGAAUGUGACCUACUGACUUUCUUAAUAUUUUAGCAUCAGUUUGUAAUUUGAAACAUUUAGCUCAUAUUACUCAGGUGAGCAAUCCAGGGUCAUCAUGACCCUCUUGUUUUUAUUCAUUGUAGAGUACUACGUCCCCGAUCAGUCCUUAGUUUGGGGUAAAGUUAUUCUUACAAUUUUACUUUAUGGUCAUAACAGUAACUGUUAUUAUUAAAGCAGGAGUACUCUUGAAACAAUGUCUGUUAGUGUGAAAAGUAACUGUGAAGUUAAGAUGUAAUAGAUAGCAUUCAUCGAACUUUCACUAAUUUCACCCAGAUAUGAUCAAAUUGUCGAUUUUAUCUACAUGGUUAACGAAGAAAUAUGCAGUGGCUUAAAGGGCCCUUUAAUUACUCAAAAUUGCACAGAUUGGCAGUGUCUGCUCUCUGACAUAAGCAGUUCCUACCCAAAGUUCAUAAGACUUGGUGACAAUGUGUAUAGGUAUAAAAUGUCUGCCAGUUUUGAUAACCACCUGUAUCUUCCAGUGGCCCUAGAGUUAUAGCUCUUGGAUUAUUAAAUUGCCACCCCCCCCCCCCCUCCCUCCUCCGCCACAGACCCUUAAUCAAAUCUCUGAUAUAGGUACAACAUUUCGACAAGUUACUGUUAAAUCAUUUAAUUUCUUGGGCAUGAAAUUUCGUGGUUUUGGUAAAAACGGCAAUUUCGUGGUUAUAUGAAUUCGUAGAUUUUAACGUUUGAACAAAAAAACGAAUAGGAAUUUUACUUGUUCUUUGGGAUUAAAUUUUGUGGAUUGAUUUAACCACGAAAAUAAGUCCCCAUGAAUAUUAAUGAUUUCACAGUAUAUAACCAGUCACUCCAAUGACUCUUGAAUUACUAAAAUAACAUUGUAAAAGUUAAUUUUGUCCGCUUGAUAAAAUAAGCAGUUAUCUAGUGCUCAGCAAACUUAGUCACAAUUUUUAUGGGCAUAUUAACUUGGCCAGAUUCAAUAAUAGCUAAAUAGUCUUUUAAGCUCUAGGUUAUGGCUCUCGAAGUGGAUUAAUUUGAGAAAACUGAUAACUAGUCUGCACAUUAAUAAAGUAUUCUAAAAGUCAAAGUAAUUUUCAGUAAUCGGUUAUAUUAUAACAGUUUGGAACUCUUUGUUAUUUUUAGCUCACCUGUCACAAAGUGACAAGGUGAGCUUUUGUGAUCGCGCGGUGUCCGUCGUCCGUCCGUCAGUCAGUGCGUGCGUGCGUCCGUAAACUUUUGCUUGUGACCACUCUAGAGGUCACAUUUUUUGUGGGAUCUUUAUGAAAAUUGGUCAGAAUGUUCAUCUUGAUGAUAUCUAGGUCAAGUUUGAAAGUGGGUCACGUGCCAUCAAAAACUAGGUCAGUAGGUCUAAAAAUAGAAAAACCUUGUGACCUCUCUGGAGGCCAUGUAUUUCACAAGAUCUUCAUGAAAAUUGGUCAGAAUGUUCACCUUGAUGAUAUCUAGGUCAAGUUCGAAACUGGGUCACGUGCCUUCAAAAACUAGGUCAGUAGGUCUAAAAAUAGAAAAACCUUGUGACCUCUCUAGAGGCCAUAUAUUUCACAAGAUCUUCAUGAAAAUUGGUCAGAACGUUCACCUUGAUGAUAUCUAGGUCAAGUUCGAAACUGGGUUACGUGCCUUCAAAAACUAGGUCAGUAGGUCAAAUAAUAGAAAAACCUUUUGACCUCUCUAAAGGCCAUAUUUUUCAUGGGAUCUGUAUGAAAGUUGGUCUGAAUGUUCAUCCUGAUGAUAUCUAGGCCAAGUUUGAAACUGGGUCACGUGCGGUCAAAAACUAGGUCAGUAGGUCUAAAAAUAGAAAAACCUUGUGACCUUUCUAGAGGCCAUAUAUUUCACAAGAUCUUCAUGAAAAUUGGUCAGAACGUUCACCUUGAUGAUAUCUAGGUCAAGUUCGAAACUGGGUCACGUGCCAUCAAAAACUAGGUCAGCAGGUCAAAUAAUAGAAAAACCUUGUGACCUCUCUAGAGGCCAUAUUUUUCAUGGGAUCUGUAUGAAAGUUGGUCUGAAUGUUCAUCUUGAUGAUAUCUAGGUCAAGUCCGAAAGUGGGUCAUGUGCCAUCAAAAACUAGGUCAGUAGGUCAAAUAAUAGAAAAACCUUGUGACCUCUCUUAAGGCCAUAUUUUUCAAUGGAUCUUCAUGAAAGUUGGUCUGAAUGUUCAUCUUGAUGAUAUCUAGGUCAAGUUCGAAACAGGGUCAUGUGUGGUCAAAAACUAGGUCAGUAGGUCUAAAAAUAGAAAAACCUUGUGACCUCUCUAGAGGCCAUACUUGUGAAUGGAUCUCCAUAAAAAUUGGUCAGAAUGUUCAUCUUGAUGAUAUCUAGGUCAAGUUCGAAAGUGGGUCACGUGCCAUCAAAAAGUAGGUCAGUAGAUCAAAUAAUGAAAAAACCUUGUGACCUCUCUAGAGGCCAUAUUUUUCAUGGGAUCUGUAUGAAAGUUGGUCAGAGUGUUUAUCUUGAUGAUAUCUAGGUCAAGUUUGAAACUGGGUCAACUGCGAUCAAAAACUAGGUCAGUAGGUCUUGAAAUAGAAAGACCUUGUGACCUCUCUAGAGGCCAUACCCUUGAAUGGAUCUUCAUGAAAAUUGGUCAGAAUGUUCACCUUGAUGAUAUCUAGGUCAAGUUUGAAACUUGGUCAUGUGCCUUAAAAAAACUAGGUCAAUAGGUCAAAUAAUAGAAAAAUCUUGUGACUUCUCUAGAGACCAUAUUUUUCAAUGGAUCUUCAUGAAAAUUGGUCAGAAUUUUUAUCUUGAUAAUAUCUAGGUCAAGUUCAAAACUGGGUCACAUGAGCUAAAAAACUAGGUCACUAUGUCAAAUAAUAGAAAAAACGACGUCAUACUCAAAACUGGAUCAUGUGGGAAGAGGUGAGCGAUUCAGGACCAUCAUGGUCCUCUUGUUUAGAUUACCCAUACAGCUACACUGAAAUGGAUAAUAAAUGCAUGUGACAGAAUAUUUAGAUGUUUUCUAUUUGCAUGUAUAAUGUACCAGUAACAAGGAUAUACCACUAGGUACGAAGGAGCAGAUUUUUUAUCUCAUAAAGUUUUCCAGUGCAUUUAUAUGAAUGAAGUGUUAACUCAUUAAUUUACGAAUAAUACAUCAAUCUUGAUCCAGAUAUUUUCAUUUAUAUCUGCCACCAGGCAUAACAAAGUCUACAAAAGACUAAGACUGAAGUCAUUUGUCCUGAACCUCUUGUUUCAUGUGGUGAAGUUGUCAGUUACUUGUGGAGAAGUUUUUACUGGUACAGAAUCAUGGAACACUUGUCAGGUGACAGCCAUUGCAAAAUUCUAAAUCAUGUUGAAAAUUAGCAUUAAAUAGGUAUCAAAGUAAAGAUGUUACAUUGUCACAAACAGAUUAGUACAUGAUAAUCUAAAUGCAACAUGUAUAUAAUAUAAUAUCAGUUAAGAUUGUAGAUGAUCUGAAUGUAUGGUGAAAGGUCACAACUAAAUGUUUAUUUAACCCUUACCCUGCUUUUCUAUAAUGAACUUGUCUGUCUUUCAAUUUGGAUAGUACCAUUAACUGUUAAUAGGGGUGCUUACCAAAAAGAUACUGACUGAAUGGCGAACAGUGCAGACCAUGGUCAGACUGCACGGAUGUGCAGGCUGAUCUUGGUCUGCACUGGUCGCAAAGGCAGAAUCACUUGCCGCCAGCAGGCUAAGGGUUAAAGAAAGCAAGAUCAUGAAAUUAAGAGGCCAUUAGUUAGUUUUUAAAGUUGUUGUUGAUUUAUGAAAUUUCAACUUUUUAUUUCCAACCACUGUUACCAUGUAAAAUACCUAUAAUAGAGGACCACAAGGUGAAACUUCUUCAUAUAAAGUUAUUGUUGUUAUUUUUAGCUCACCUGUCACAAAGUGACAAGGUGAGCUUUUGUGAUCGCGCGGUGUCCGUCGUCCGUGCGUGUGUCCGUCCGUAAACUUUUGCUUGUGACCACUCUAGAGGUCACAUUUUUCAUGGGAUCUUUAUGAAAGUUGGUCAGAAUGUUCAUCUUGAUGAUAUCUAGGUCAAGUUCGAACUGGGUCACGUGCCAUCAAAAACUAGGUCAGUAGGUCUAAAAAUAGAAAAACCUUGUGACCUCUCUAGAGGCCAUAUAUUUCACAAGAUCUUCAUGAAAAUUGGUCAGUGUUCAACUUGAUGAUAUCUAGGUCAGGUUCAAAACUGGGUCACGUGCCUUCAAAAACUAGGUCAGUAGGUCUAAAAAUAGAAAAACCUUGUGACCUCUCUAGAGGCCAUAUAUUUCACAAGAUCUUCAUGAAAAUUUGUCAGAACGUUCAUCUUGAUGAUAUCUAGGUCAAGUUGGAAACUGGGUCACGUGCCAUCAAAAACUAGGUCAGUAGGUCAAAUAAUAGAAAAACCUUGUGACCUCUCUAAAGGCCAUAUUUUUCAUGGGAUCUAUAUGAAAGUUGGUCUGAAUGUUCGUCUUGGUGAUAUCUAGGUCAAGUUCGAAACAGGGUCACGUGCGGUCAAAAACUAGGUCAGUAGGUCUAAAAAUAGAAAAACCUUGUGACCUCUCUAGAGGCAUAUAUUUCAUGAGAUCUUCAUGAAAAUUGGUCAGAAUGUUCACCUUGAUGAUAUCUAGGUCAAGUUUGAAAGUGGGUCACGUGCCUUCAAAAACUAGGUCAGUAGGUCAAAUAAUAGAAAAACCUUGUGACCUCUCUAGAGGCCAUAUUUUUUAUGGGAUCUGUAUAAAAGUUGGUCUGAAUGUUCAUCUUGAUGAUAUCUAGGUCAAGUUCGAAAGUAAGUCACGUGCCAUCAAAAACUAGGUCAGUAGGUCAAAUAAUAGAAAAACCUUGUGACCUCUCUAAAGGCCAUAUUUUUCAUGGGAUCUGUAUGAAAAUUGGUCUGAAUGUUCAUCUUGAUGAUAUCUAGGUCAGAUUUGAAACAGGGUCAUGUGCGGUCAAAAACUAGGUCAGUAGGUCUAAAAAUAGAAAAACCUUGUGACCUCUCUAGAGGCCAUACUUGUGAAUGAAUCUCCAUAAAAAUUGGUCAGAAUGUUCACCUUGAUGAUAUCUAGGCCAAGUUUGAAACUGGGUCACGUGCCUUAAAAAACUAGGUCAGUAGGUCAAAUAAUAAAAAAACCUUGUGACCUCUCUAGAGGCCAUACUUUUCAUGGGAUCUGUAUGAAAGUUGGUCUGAAUGUUCAUCUUGAUGAUAUCUAGGUCAAGUUUGAAACUGGGUCAACUGCGGUCAAAAACUAGGUCAGUAGGUUUAAAAUUAUUAAAAUCUUUUGACUUCUCUAGAGGCCAUAUUUUUCAAUGGAUCUUCAUGAAAAUUGAUCUGAAUGUUCACCUUGAUGAUAUCUAGGUCAGGUUUGAAACUGGGUCACGUGCGGUCAAAAACUAGGCCAGUAGGUAUGAAAAUAGAAAAACCUUGUGACCUCUCUAGAGGCCAUAUUUUUCAUGAGAUCUUCAUGAAAAUUAGUGAGAAUGUUCACCUUGAUGAUAUCAAGGUAAAGUUCAAAACAGGGUCACGUACCUUCGAAAACUAGGUCAAUAGGUCAAAUAAUAGAAAAACCUUGUGACCUCUCUAGAGACCAUAUUUUUCAAUGGAUCUUCAUGAAAAUUGGUCAGAAUUUUUAUCUUGAUAAUAUCUAGGUCAAGUUCAAAACUGGGUCACAUGAGCUUAAAAACUAGGUCACUAUGUCAAAUAAUAAAAAACGACGUCAUACUCAAAACUGGGUCAUGUGGGAAGAGGUGAGCGAUUCAGGACCAUCAUGGUCCUCUUGUUUAAUAGAAAGGGGAAUGAUGCUGGUAACAAGGUUUGAGCAAGUUAAUAACAGGGGAACAACAACAACAAUAACAAAAACCUCCAGUCUGUCAUAACUGAUCAUUAAUUUCUAUCACAUCCUUGAAUUGUCAAUUGUUAGAUGCUUCAGUUAUGAUUAAUCUUAUAUAAUGUCCUUUCAGGAACAAAAUGUAUUCCAAGUAUUGUAAUUGUGUUUUAUCAUUCGUGAUGCAUCAAGUGUCUCAUUUCAAGUAGUAACUGAAAUCCUUGGAAAAAUAAAGCAACUUAAAUCCCCGGAAGAGAUAAAGCUACUUAAUUGCAAGGGGUUAAUUUUCUCUGCAAGGUUAUAUAUUUGUAAUGGUGAAAGAUUGAAUUAUCAUUCAUCUAUUGAACACUAGAUGCAAUAUAUUCAUAAGUGGCAUAGUUAACUUUGUACUGUAUGUGACUGAAGUAUUGUUAGAAAUGAUGUUACAUUCAGUUGAAUGCACUCUUGACCAGCUUGGAGCUUAAGAUUGCCAUUUUUUUGUUCGUUUCUCAUGUUUUUACAUACUGUAUUAUGAAUUUGUAAAGUGUAAUUAAUUGUAAAACUAAUAUAUACUUUAUUGUUAUAAAAAUGUACCAAAGUUGACCAGUAUAUUGAUUUUUUUAUUCUUGUUAAUAUUUAGUUAUGUGUAUAUUUUUGAUAGAUUUUAUAGUCAUACAGAUAUUUGUAUGCUUGUUCCUUGUUUCAGGUAAAAAUGUAGUAUUUAAAUAUUUUAGAAAUUAAUAUUUCAUAGCAGAUUCUAUAUAUGUGUAGAUACAAUGAUUUCAGAGUAAAGUGAGAAUGGUUAUAUAUAAAUUUCGAUUGACAGAGCAACCAGUCAUAAUCCUUAAGAAUAUUUGACUGUCCAAUGAUAUGAUGAAGAUCUGAUGGCGGUUUUCAUUUAGAGUUUAACCCUUAGCCUGCUGGCGGCAAGCGAUUCUGCCUUUGCGACCAGUGCAGACCAAGAUCAGCCUGAUCAUGGUCUGCACUGUUCGCUAUUCGGUCAGUAAAUUUUCAGCAAACACCCCUUUAAAUGAUAAGUGAUGCUGCCUAAAUUUAAUGGACCAGUCCAUUUUUGAAAUUGAGCAGGGUAAGGGUUAAAGGACAGUACAUGAAACAGCUCCGCUACUAACAAGUUAACUCUGUGUGUAGAAGUAUUCAGUUGGCAAUAAACAUGUAAUGAUACAACUGA